GGAGAGGGCGGAGAGUUUGGAGCAGAGUAGUCACAGAUUUAAGGAAGCAAGAGGACUGGCAUUAAACCACAGGAGCCUAGAAGUACGGAAGGAGAGAGAGAACUACCCAUGGCUCCCUACCACAUCAGGAGAUACCAGGACCAUGACUGGGAGGCUGUGAGGGAAUUGUUCUCUAAGGGAAUGCUGGGGAAUAUGACUUCUGACUUCUGGUCUUUGCUGAAGAAGCCAAGAACAUUCCUGCUCCUCCUGGGAGUGCCCUUUGCCCUGGCCUUGGGCUCUGGCUCCCUCAUCCUGCCUCUCAUGUCUUUCUUUGGCAUCUUAGCUGUCCAGUGGAUGACUUUUAGGUGUUUUGUAAUACAGUAUAUAGAUAAUGCAAUGCAUACUGACCUGUUGGACAUCCAGAAAUCCUACCUGACUGGGAGAGGCUCCAAUUUUUGGGUGGCAGAGUCUGAGCAUCAGGUAGUGGGCAUUGUGGCUGCCCAUCCAGCAGAGGAGCUGAUCGGAGGAGGGAACUAUCUGGAAUUGGGCCGCUUGUCUGUGAAGAAAAAGCAUCGUAGCCAAGGGAUGGCCAGGACCUUGGUCCAGACUGUGCUCCAGUUUGCCCGGGAUCAGGGGUUUGAUGGAGUGAUCCUUGAGACUAGCAAUGCCAAUCGCCCAGCUCAACGACUUUAUGAGAGUUUCAACUUCCGGAAAUCCCAUGAAUCAGGGUAUCACUUGGCAUGGUGGUUAGCUUUCUUCCCAACUUGGCAUUACCGUUGUGAUUUUUCCUCCCAGUCAUGACUGUCCCUUGCCCCAUCCCAUCCACAUUUCUCAGUCCUUCAUGGGUUUGUUUAUGGGGUCUGUAGCAAUGUGCUGUGCUUAUUAAAGACUAUUGACUUUCCUGCCA